AUGAUCAUCCCAGUGUGCUGCUUCACAUGUGGCAAGAUCGUGGGCAAUAAGUGGGAGGCCUACCUGGGGCUGCUGCAAGUGGAGUACACUGAAGGGGAUGCCCUAGAUGCACUGAAGUGCUACUGCUGCCGUCGGAUACUGCUGACCCAUGUGGACCUGAUAGAGAAGCUUCUCAACUACGCACCCCUGGAGAAGUGA